AAGACAGGGAACAGUGAAGAGUGCGAAGAGCAAGUCUUUAAGAAUAACUCAAGGAAGCACUCUAGCGUUUGCUCCAUGGAGAUGGAAGAAACUGAUUUUGACUGACCCAUGAGUACCAGUUGUUCUGCAAAUUGAGAACAUUGAGGCCAGUUUUUUGGAGCUCUUGUUGCUUUCCAUCAUUUUCUUCCAAACAUCAUCCAACUGCAUUCUGAGAAAGGAUACCCCAGAGUUGGCUUGGCAUAAUCAGAGUGAGUUAUUUCCUUCCAACAGUUUUCUAACCAGGAGCUCAACAUGCGCUGGGGAAAUGCUUUCCACUAAGAGAUGGACUGAAAUUGGGUGACAGACAGAGGUCUGACAGGGAGUAUUCCAAAGGUAAUGGAAUUACGCAGCAAAAUCUUUCAGGUGAUAAAAGUUGACCGGCUUGAGAAUCUGUGGACUUAGUUAUUCAUCGUCUACAUCUUGGAGUAUAUGCAGAACGCCUCACCACGCUUUCCUGCUUUUCAUGCCAGGGUGGGGUGGAGUGGCUUUCAGCUGAGUUCAGUCACGGUAUUGGGCGGAACCACCUUCCACAGCACUGGGCUGUAUCGGCGACUUUUAGUGGUGCUGGGCUGGAUGGACUGCUCUGGCACUGGAGAAGGCCACCCAACUCCUUGUGGCUUCCAUUUAGACUGCAAUAAAGGAAAUAUCUCACCAUAGCUACGAGCCAGUUGAGUCAAAAGAAGCUCAGUAACUCAGAUUUUUGGACCGUGGCAUCUCAUUUAAAAUAAUGGAGUUUGAAAACUGAACAGUGUUUAGUCCAACAAGCUUAUUCUCUUAGGCCGUGGUGAAGCUGAGAAAACCAACUCAGGAAUUGGACACACCAUGGGUUCUGUCAAGCAGGUAUUGCCUUUAUUACAGCGCUGGGUGCACAGAAUUGCUCCACCAACAUGCACACCCAGAGAAGCAGUGACUACAGAUUUAUAGGCAUAGCAUAUACAUAUUCAUUACAUUCCAAGGACAUGGGCAGAAAUUCCAAGAAAUAAUUCACAUCUUUGGUGGUCAUGGGAUGAAGGCUAAUAGUCAUCCUCACUGUAAAUUUCCAACCUUUUAAGGGGGGCUACCAAACCGGCUCCCACUGAUGUUACAUCAAGCUGAGGCAUCUGUUUUGCCACCUUAUCUUCAACAAGAGGACAUAAAUUCUAAACUGAUUCCAGAAAUCCCAUCUGAGGGAGCAGAUGUCCAGGCAGAUAUAACACACUGUGAUCUUCAAGGACCCUUAUGGCACAGACCGUUCUAUAGUUCAAUGAUCACUAAGGAACAUCUCAACCCAUGCCAUCCUAUGCUUCUGUGAUCUUCCAGGACCCUUCCAACACAAACCAAUCUAUGGUUCUUUGAUCAUCAAGGAACUCCCAAGCGUACCAUCCCAAACCAAGCCAUCCUGUGGUUCUUAAUGAUCUUCAAGGACCCUUCCAACACAAACCAUUCUAUGGUUCUAUGGUCUUCAAGGACUUUUCCAACACAUCCAUUCUAUGGUUCUUAAUGAUCUUCAAGGACCCUUUGAACACAAACCAUGCUGGGCUCCAUGAUCUUCAAGGACCCUCCUGUGCUGGUGAGGUUACAGUGCCGUGCUGAGCUCACAGAGGCCCCGGGGCGGGGGCAGUGAGUCAGCGCUGCACCUGCCGGCCCCGUUCUGCGGGUGGUGCAGGUCCUGCGAGCAGCUGUGCGAGUGGUGCAGCAAUGCGGGCCCAGUUUGCCAGCGGAAAAUUAACAGCGCUGCAGCGCGUGAAGCUGCUGCAGGAGCUGAUGCAGGCUCAUGAGCGGGUCGUGGAGAACCACAGAGCCGUGGCCAGGAAAUCGCUGAUGAAGGAAUCCCAGCAAACACAGGGUGAAAGAGCGUCUGCCAGGAAAGAGGAGCUGGAGCAGGAGAAGCAGCUCAUCACCCAGCUGGAAAAGCAGCUGCAGGCUGAGACGGAGAAGAUCGAGGCGCUGCGUCAGGAAAAACAGCGCCUGCAAGAGGAGCGGGAGGAGCUGGAGCUGGAGAGUGCCUGGCAGCAGCAUCAGAUGGAGCUGGAAGCAGCCCACGUGCCUGGGGCUGUGCUGCCGGAGCUGGUGGAGGCACAGCUGGAGAAGAAGGAGCAGGCGAGGAGACGAGGACUCGCCUUCUGGAUGCAGAUGAUCUGCCUCAUCCUGGUCUGCCUCCAGCUGCUCCUCGUUGCUGUGCUGGGCUCUGCAGUACUGUAUGCCCAGCACUCUGACCAGGAGCUCUUCUAUCGGCUCCUGCCUCGAGUGCUGCCCCGAGCAAUGUAUGCUUCCCUGGCGUACUUUACCAGCAGCACCCUGCGUGUGGUCUGUGAUGGGCUGCUGCCCAUCUGACCGCCAUGCUCGGUAGCCCCUCUGUGGGAAUCAAAUGUUGUUUCUGCAUUAGAAUUGGAUAAUAUAUAUAUUUUUAUUUCAUGAU